AAUCCGAUUCUGAUCCGGCAGCAAUGCAGGCCCUUCUUAGCUCGUGCCUCCUCUUCGCGUUCAUAGCCAGAGGGACUGCUCUUCAGUGUGAAAUUUGCAUGGGUCUAGGCCACAACUGUACCGGUAGACUGGAGACCUGUCCUGCUGAUCAUAACUUUUGUGGCACGACAUUGUUUGAAAGUAAACACGCAGAAAUAUCCGUUCAUGGCAUUAUUAAGAACUGCAUUCCAUCCAACGUAUGUGCAAAUGGUUCUUCUGAUAUAAACUUGGGAGAAAAAGGAAGAUCAAGGACUCAUGUUUUCUGCUGUCAGGGCGACGCCUGCAAUGCAGCCACUGCUGCCAGAUUUAUGCCAUCGGAAGCCAGGCCCAAUGGUCUGCAGUGCCCUGCUUGUUAUGCUUCGCUCGACGACUCGUGCAGUGACGCAGACAUGGUCGACUGUGUUGGAUCGGAGUUUCAGUGCAUUGAUUUGGCUGGCUAUGUCCAUUUGGAUGAUGAAUCGUCUCAGAGGAUUGCCAUGAAGGGUUGUGCUACCGAAUCUGUUUGCAGUGCCAGUGUAGGAGGUGCAGCGACAUUUUCAGGAGUCAGUUCGGCAAUAACGAAGCUUGAGUGCACACCAGCCUCCAGCACAGCCAGCGUAUCUCUGGGACCACCUGGACUCCUUCUUUCAGCAGUUGUUGGAUUCCUGCUGGUUAAGCUCUGAUCCUUGUCGACUGACUGUCUUUGCUAAUGCAUCGUAUGCAGGUGCUAAGCCAAGGCGCAUGCCAACGCUUGGCUCCCUCUUAGCAUAAAUGAAGAAACAAGAUGACCUGUGAUUCAGCCGUUUUGGAUGUUAAGGACAGAAGCAUGAUCGUUAUGAUUUUUAAAAAAUCUUAGGCAUGAAUUAAUGCAAGUUUUUAAUGACCUGUUUUAGUUUUAUUUAUUUAAGCUUUUGGUUUAAUACAAAGAUACUACUGCGAUGACCGCAGUAAUGGAAAACAAGUGCUAUUGCACUGCUAUCACAGUGAUGUCCACGGUGACGUUAGUAAAAGAAUCUACCUGUCGUUUGUCUAAUGGUUUCAUAUCCGGGAUAUUAUAAUUAUUUUUUGUGCUGGUAGAGCUAUUUACUUAAAAAGAGAGCUGGCAGGUUGAAGAGUGCUAAAAGCUACAUCUUCUGGCCUGGAGUUUCCAUUCUCUAAUCCAAGAGGUUCAGGGGAUGGCUGUGGUUACUCAGUGAGGAGGAAAAUCAUUUAGCCCCAGAGCCUGUCAUUAGUGGCAGGACUAUUUCCAAGGCAGCUUUACCUUGUAGUCAGAGUUGGACAGAGAGCAUGUGAAAGCAGAGACAUGGACUGUCCCAUUAAACACUUUAUUGAUAUAAAUUCACCAUUAUCUAGAUCUCAGUUGCAACCAGUUGGAUCCUCUCAGGUGUCAAACCCACUGGCCAGUGGAAACUGUACUGGAAGAUACGCAUGGUGGUGCCAGUCUUGUUGACCCAAGGUGGGACAAAGAACCCAGCAAAACCAGCCAUUUAUCACCCUUGGUUUUGAUUAAUGGUUUAUACCUCAAUUGUGGGAAAUUCCUCCUAUUACUGAUAUCCUUCCAGCAAAAGACAUUCCCCAAAAUUAUCAUAUUUGAAUAGGCAAUUGAGUAUGGAUACGGCGAGCUGUCUAAAUUGCUCAUUUUAUCUGUGGUGUUUCAGUGUAAGCAUAAGCAUAUUUCAGUCACUGGGCACAGCAGGUACACGAUGUUCUUGCUUCCACAAUAUGCAAAAUUGUUUCUUAGAACUAAAAUGGAGUUCUCAGUUCUCUUGCCUGUUUCUGUAGUUUGGUUAACAGCGGCUGCGGUGGUAUAUAAUAUGGUGAAGUAAUACAAAAUAUAAUUGGCUAAUAGGGCUCUGCCCUCAAAGAUAUCUAGGGUUGCUAACUCCAGCUUGGGAAUUUGGAGGUGGAUCCUAGGGUAUAGGGAGGGGAAGAACCUCAGAGCCAAGCUACAAGUGAUGCCUUACACAGGUUGGACACUUCUCAGCUUACCUCAAGUUUUGAUGGGAAAUGUAGGCGUCCUG